AUGACGUCGUCAGCGCAUUUAGCAGUACGAUGCGUGAUGCAGGCUGCGACGGAGGAAGAGAAAAGAUUUCCUAAAGCUGCGAAAGCAAUCAAAGAAGAUUUUUACAUGGAUGACUGCGUAACUGGGACAGAUUCGGAACAGAAUGCCAUACAACUAGCAAAAGACAUGGAUAAGAUCAUGUCACGUGCGGGCUUCGAAUUGAGAAAAUGGAAAUCCAACAACAAGAAUGUCCGCAAUGCCAUGAAUUCGGAUAGUGAAAAAGCAAUGCUUUUCAAGGAGGAAGAGGACCAAUCGACCAUUUUAGGAUUGAAAUGGCUGAUUGAUGAGGAUAGAUUCACAUUCGUCGUGAAAAACCCGAAUGACAUCGGAAAGAUCACGAAAAGAACGAUUGCGAGUCAUGUGGCUCAACUUUAUGACCCAAACGGCUACAUAACUCCAAUCACGAUCCGCGGAAAGAUAUUGAUACAAGAUUUGUGGAAAGAAAAAGUGUCAUGGGAUGAGGAAUUGAAUGAGAAAUUUGUGGACAGAUGGAGAGAAUUUUGGAAAGACAUAAAAUGUAUCGAAAGCUUUAGGAUAGAUAGAUGGUUGAGCACUGGAAAAGAAAUAAGGAUCCAAAUACAUGGAUUCUCCGACAGCAGUGAACAAGCCUACGGAGCAAAUGUUUACGUUAGAGUUGAAAGCAUAAACAAGAAAGUGGUAUGUAAUUUGCUUACGACAAAAUCACGUGUCGCACCGGUGAAAACAGUGGCUCUACCAAGGUUGGAGUUAACGGCUGCCGAGCUGUUGGCGAGAUUGGUAAAAGAUGUGACUGAACAGAUGGAAUGGCCAACAGUAGAGCAAUUUCUUUGGAUAGAUUCGAGCGUUGCGUACUAUUGGAUAAGGAAAGAGCCUUGCACGUUGAAAACGUAUGUGGCAAACAGAGUGGCAUCUAUUCAAGAAAAUACGGAAAUCAGAUGCUGGAGACACAUUGAUGGGACAGAUAAUCCGGCAGAUCUUUUGACAAGAGGUGUAUCACCAUCAGGUUUGAUUGACAAUGACUUGUGGCUACACGGACCGAGUUGGCUAUUACUGUCACAAUCGGAAUGGCCUGCAUCUAGUAUAAUGCAGAAACCACCUGAAGAGGCCAUGGAUGAAGUUAAGGUCAACACAUUCACUGUUUUCAGAGAUCAGCUGCGAAUCGGCAUCAAGGGAACAAACAGAAACGUUCCGCUAUUGGAAUAUACAAGCAAAUUGGAGAAAGCAAUAAACGUUAUCAGUUAUGUCAAUCGAUUUAUUAGGAUUAGAUUAGGACAGAUAAAAUUGAAAAAGACGCGUAAACGGAGAGGAGAAGUGGUACAAGGAGUUGUACCACCUUCAAACGAAGAGAAAACCGAAGCGAUGUUGUAUUUGAUAAGGAAAUCACAACAAGAGCAUUGGAAUAAAGAAGUUACGUCGAUUAGGAAAGAUGGAAAAUUGCCAGAAAAAAGCAAAUUGGAAUCGUUAAAGCCGAUUUUAGACAACGAAGGUUUAUUACGACUAGGAGGCAGAUUGGAUAGAUCGGAAUUAGAUUAUGAGAUGAAGCACCCGUUCAUCAUUCCACACGAAUCACGUUUGGGUUGCCUUAUCAUGGAAUAUGCUCAUAGGGAAACAGAUCAUGGAGGUGUGCAAGUGAUGAUGCAAUUCAUUCGACAAAA